CCUGAGAGGGAGAUCAGUCCUGAGGGAGAGACACAGAGACGAGUUCGGUUUUGGGAAAUCUGGCUUUGGUGGAUUAUGAACGCUUUUGGACACCAACCAUCUAACCAGCAGACCAGUCCUAUUCAGCACCACAGCGCACAGGAGCUCCUGGACAUGGCAGUGUACUGCGACAACUACGGUGUUUACCAACAGAAUCUCCACCACCAUCACCCCCAGAGGCCGCCGACUCACCCCUCCAGCUACAGCCUCGGAGAAUACACCUCCCCGUCCACGAACCCGUACCUAUGGCUAAACGGGCCGGGAAUCAACUCCUCUCCGUAUCUUCCCGGGAACAACGGCACGUCCUAUAUUCAGUCUGGAUACGGGUCGAACCAGAGACAGUUCUUGCCACCUCCUACUGGGUUUGGUGGAGCAGACCUGGGCUGGCUGUCCAUAUCUAGCCAGCAGGAGCUCUUCAAGAUGGUCAGACCACCUUAUUCCUAUUCUGCACUCAUAGCAAUGGCCAUCCAGAACGCUCAGGACAAAAAGUUGACUCUCAGUCAGAUCUAUCAAUAUGUAGCUGAUAACUUUCCUUUUUACAAGAAGAGCAAAGCUGGGUGGCAGAAUUCGAUUCGCCACAACUUGUCACUGAACGACUGUUUUAAAAAAGUGGCACGUGACGAGGACGAUCCCGGUAAGGGUAACUACUGGACGUUGGACCCCAACUGUGAGAAGAUGUUCGACAACGGGAACUUCAGGCGGAAGAGAAAGAGGAGAGCAGACCUAAACGGAGCCGACGGCAGCGCUGUCCCCGUCAAGUCUGAGGACGGCCCGCACAAGCUCUCUGACACCGCCAGCCUGCUGAGCUCCUCUCCGCCCAGUCUGCACGGAUCCCCGGCCUCCACGGAGCCCAAGUCGUCACCGUCUCCCUCCGGGGAGCACAGCCCCUGCUUCAGCAGCUUUGUGUCCAGCGUGAACUCGCUGCUGGCGGGCAGCGGGGCCACCGACAGCUCUCGGGGCGGCGCGGAGCGGGACUACGGAUCCGGACACGUCUCGGGGUUAUCACAGACCAGAGAGGGCAUGUCUGGACUGGGCUCCUACUCGCCCACUUUAAUCUCUCCUCUGAACUCCGAUAACAACAGAAUGAACUAUUACACAUCAGUACAGAGCCUCUCCAACCAUUUUAGUGUGAAUAACCUCAUAUACACCCGGGAGGGGACAGAGGUGUAGACUGGCCUCCACAUUUCUGAUGUUAGUACUGCCUGGUCUGGUUUGGGUGAUCUCAAGUAACCACUGGAACUGAACUGUUUACCACAACAUGCAUUUCGACCUGAUAAGAAAAUGUAAAUGAAUCAGAAAGGAACUCCAUUUUUAAUGUGUGUAGGGAACUGAGUCACAUCUUCACAAACCUGACGAGUGCGUUAUUUUACUUAUUUGAUAUUUUGUAGUUGCUCAGUUUGGAGCGAGUUUGUCUUUGAAAAUGGAGACAUCUUAUGUACAGAAAUUAUUUUCAUAAGAAGAAAAGACGUGGCGUGUUUGUCAGACUGAAUUGUGUUUUAUUUAAACUC